CCUUUAUCGCAUAUUAAAUAUUUUUUAUAUGCAUUGUAUAUCGCGAUAUUACAUAUAGUAAUAUCUACUUACAGCGAGAUCUUGGGCAGUAAAAUCAAGAGGAGUGAGAUACAUAUAUGGAAUUCCAGUGCCGUUUCCAAUAGGUCCAUCACUGAUGGAGAUUAAAUUCGCAACAGGAAAUGUUUCCACAUCUUUCCGUAUGCUUAUUGUCGCUGUAGCAGCCCAAUCUUCCGAUAGAACAAAAGAAAAGAUAAAAAAAGAAUCAGUUCAAGAGGAUCUCAUAAAAUUUUAGAAGUUCGUUUGACGCUUGGUUGUGGUGCAAGGUCGAAGAAACUGGUACGUCGGCCACUGCCGAGGCUCUCCGGCUGGAUGUGGGUCGUCGUCUAACUGUUUUACGUACCGUUUCUCCGCCCCUGACUCUCUGUAUCUUUCAGCAGCAGCAGCAACAGGGAACGGACGCCUACACGAUGAUGUCCAUACUUUGUUCCUUGUACUAUACAUUACGGUAAUGCUAGCGGCAAUCGCGAUCACGAUGAGGGUUUCGUACGACGCUCUUUCUUCCGUCUUCCUGCGGCCUUUUCCUUCAAGAUUGCAUCGUUAUUCUUGAAAAUUAUUAAACCGAUGAUCAUCGAUGUUAAUAUGUACGAAACUUCAUUAUAAGCAACGGCGUUCUCCUACUCUUGGAGUCAUUCGGAACGAGAUCUUCCUCCACCGCAUGUUUCUCCUCCUGCCUCACCUCUUCGUCUUUCUUCUACCUGUCCUGACGACAAGGCUGUUCAGUCGCUAUACGACCUUCUUCCAGGGUUACGAGUCCGAGAGUUUUCCGGGGGCUCUAAUUUUUCGUUCUCUCGACGCGCUAAUUGCAGAAGAAACGCUUUUUUCCAACGAAAUUGUUAUUCACCAUUAUAAAUUAGAAUUGUGUUGCAUCAAAAAUUGCGCGCCGAUGGAUCAGUGAAUAACAUCAAGAAUUGCGAGAACUCAAGAGGAGGCUUCGAGAUUGACACCUUUUAAAUCUGCUAUCAUUUUUCCACACGUAAUCAAGACAUCGUGUGUAUGAGAUGCGGAGACGCUUAUGGAUGCUCCUCGCUCUUCUGACAUGCGUGUCGAGCGAGUAUCUGAUGGGCGGCCACCUGGACAACAAUGCCGGGUCCCGACGAUCCGGCAAGAUCGAGAACUCUCCCACGUCGGGUCGUCAGACGCGUCUGGACGACCUUGACCUGGAUCUCAUGGCAGAGGAGAGCGCGGUUGCCGUCGUUGGUGCUACCUCUGAGACUCUAAGCGACGACAGCGACGACGUUCCACGUUACCAUAUUCCGUAUCCUUUCGCCUUCAAUGGCGGCAAGCCGUUCUCGUUGGAGAAAGACCCGAUAACCGGUAAGAUCGACUUCGAGAAGGCACCACCCGUCAAAGCUCUCAAUUACACCGAUUAUCGCGAGAAUAAGGAGAGCCAGGAUGAUCCCUCCAAAGACAGAGGCGGAAACGAGGACCCGGAAAGGAAGAAGAGCAAGGGCAAGGGCAAGGACAAUGAAGACGUCAGUCCGAACGAGAUCAACACGUAUGCUAAUUUUCACGAUUUUCUCAACCUGCCCGUCCACUAUUCUUCGGACAAAUACGGAAACGACAAGUAUCCGUUGAUCUCGAGCUCGUACGCGAACACGAAGGUGCAAAGCGGUUCUAAUAGCUACAGUACGUACAAUCACAGACCUUAUCAUCCUGAGAACGAUCUGUACGUGCGUCCCGUUAAGCAUUCUUAUACACCGAUAACGAAAACCAGCACGCAUAAAACUACAGCUAUCGAGGAGGAUAAAGUAAAGUGGAGUCCGUCGACGACUUUCUUGCCGAUCAUCACCACGAACUCUUCGCGAACGAUGCUUUCCACCUCAACCAGAGCACCCGCCGUGACCACGUGGAAACCAUCGAAUACUCCGGUAUCCUUUCACACCAUCGAUCGCACAGAGCUUGAGAACGAGAAGAAUCUUCUGCCGAUCGAGAAACUGCACGUGGAAUCUCAUCGAAAUCCGAGCAACGUUCCCACGCGAACUCCGAACGACGGUGCCAUGACGGAGAAGACGCAAACCACCUCUCAUCUUCACAAAGAUCACUCGAAUCUCGAUAAUUUCGUGCUGUCUCAUGCGAGACCUGAAACGAAACCGACGCAAAGCGAAGAAUAUUCUUACGACACUUACGAGUUGCCGGAAGGUGAGAGCGAGAGCGAAGGCGGCAACGACGGCAACAGUGAGGAGACCGAUUACUUUUUACCGUUCAAAGACUUAUUGAAGGAGAUUACGUCGGUAUCCUCCACAACUGCUUCUCCAACAGCAUCCACGGCGGCUACAACCACCACCAGUACCACUACUACUACCGCUGCUACUAGCACGAUGACUGAUACUGCGUCUUCGACAAGAACCACGACGACUACUACCACGAUGAUGCCUUCGCGAUCUGUAUCUUCGACGUCAUCUACACCUGAAGAUGCAUUGGUAAACAACAGACUGCAAUUCCCGAUCAUUUCUUCGUCCUUGAACAGCGAUCGAAGACAGAGUGUUACGGAGAGUCAUCAAGGUAUAAUCGGUCACGGAUACAGACCAACCUCGAUCAAGCUGGAACCAAACAGAAUAGGAGCAGGAACCGUGAUAGAGAGCACGAGCAACAUUGUGAUUCCACCGGAUCAGGACACCGUGUCUUUUGUUCUCGGUAAUCGUCAAAGUGUCGAAGGUGGUUACUAUUCGGUCGGGACAGCCGUCGGAGAGAAUCCUUACGGCACUUUGUCCGACCUCGACACCACGCUCUGGCCGCUUCACAACGAUCCGCAUGGACCAACGAAGAUAGUCAAGCACGAGUAUUCAUCAGCUCACUCCGCCACUGAAUCACCGGGCUCCGAUCGCGUUACGCAGAAAUGGUGGCCACCCAGCCCUCUGAAAACCAGCAACGAGAUCGAACCACCAAAGUCUCAAAGUCCUCUCGUAGCAAUCGCAAGCGCAGUGAUUCAGGAUACGAGGAACCGAAGCAAAGAAAAGGAUUCCGGCUACGUCAUUUUUCCGGAUGAGAACGAAACAAAGGACAAGGACACGACGAAGGAGGAGCAUAUCGUUGUCAUAAACGAAGCGGAUGGCAGUAUUCGUGAAAUCACACCCAAGACGACAACGUUAACGACGACGACGAUUGGAGGAGACCUGCCACAGCUCGCUGAGGACUUGAUACCACCCGCGGAAAGUUCUAGGCCACCAUCGUACUACCAUCAUUACCAAUACGAUAUGUCAAGACCGGAUCACUCCAGAUUACCUCAGAGAACACCUUUACCGCCACCUCCGUCGCGUAUCAAACCACCACAUUCGGCACCUCCCCCGGACGCAGGACUUAGAAAACGUCCGUACUCGCCGGACACAAAGCUGCCUAACAUCCUGCCCCAGUUCCGACCUAACGCGAAAGCGUCACACGGUCAUCGCGGUCCAGACGCGAUAGGAACUAUGCCGGCUGGACAACCAGGUUCAUCGGGUACGAGAGUUCGACAACCCUUGCCGAGUCACUCGUCCACUUCGCGAAGACCUCUUCCGCCGCCCUCGUAUCUUCAGCGUUUGAAUCCACCACCGCCGCCGAUUCACGCGGUCAGACUAGCCUUUGUGCCGACGUCCAACGGAGACAGCAUUGCUUCGCCACACGAGACGGAAUCGACGAUACGAACGAGACUUCGUCCUCCGCACUCAUCCAUCUCGCGCAUAGGCCUGGAGGAGAACAAAUUGUUCACUCACGGCAAGAACAGCGAGAGUAGGAAGGAGGAUCAUGGUAAGAGCGAGAUUGCGGACGAAAACGAAGAAAGAUACCCGGAGGAACCGCCAAUGACACCGCCGAGGCCGCCUCUGUUCCCGAAGAGACGAACAGCGGAUCCUCCGCGCGUCGCGACUCUGCAGAUGAUACAGCAACACGGUGAAUUAAUCGGCGAGAAUGAAGAGACCGACGAAUCGGUGGAAUCUGUGCUCCCGCAUGAAGCAGAACGCAGGAAGUCCGACAAUCACGAUCCAGCGGAAAUACCUGAACAACCUGUAUACGUUGUAUACCCGGUCAACACCGCGGUCAACAUACUUUCAGACGACUCCAACGAGAAGGACGGAAGCGUCGUUGUAGGUACACGAGGUCCUCAUCGGCCGCUACCACCUGACACUUUGCUUCAGAACGAGCCGGCGGAGGAGACGCAUACCGUCUACAACGGUAGACCUCUGGCCGCUCUUGAUUUCCCAUAUCCUCUGGAACGACCUGAUCCGUCGUCCGUCUUUCCCGCGGCUGGGGUGAAAGAAACACCGUUAUUGAUACCCAGUAAACAACGGAGCAGCAACAACAACAACAAGCAGCAGCAGCAACAGCAGGCUUCCACCCCAAGCGAGCAAGAGAAGAACGAAAAGGACGAGCAGGUGGAUUCAGUAAACGUGAUCCCAUACUUGCAGGACUUCCUACCGACAUUCAACAACAAAAAGAAGAACGACGCGGCAAUUUCCGUGACGUUGCAUCGCACUGCACCGAUCGCAAGCGCAUCAACGUCAGCAUCGACGUCGACCUUGUCUACAUCGACUUCGACGCCGAUCGCUUACGUUUACACCCCGACGAAUGCUCCGUAUUCCAUUCAUCGUCUCGAUGACGACGUCAACGACGAUGACGAAGACGCCGCUACGAAGCAAACGGUGUUGCUACCUUCUCAACAGCCGUCCAGCUCGUCCAGCUCGGCGCCGGCACCGCAAAAUUUCAUGGCCCCUUUUGUUGCGAGUUUGAGCGCCGAGACGCCUAGCAAAAACGAUUGGAGCGUCGUCGUCGUCGAGGGAGCGGAGAGAAAGUCGGAUAGUGACGGUGGCGAGGCGAAGGUCAACUCGGAGUCCGAAACCCAAACUGAGAAGAAUGAAUUUGACGCUGACAACUUUAAGCCGCAGCUCUUCGGUGGGUUCAAACCGAUCUACGAGUUUCCUACGGAAGAUGCGGCGCGUCGCGACGUCGCCGAUACGAACGCAGAAGUGGACACUCCCAGGAAUUUCAAGAAACUGCUCUCCGUAUCCGACAAGGGAUAAUUUAAAUUAAAGAUACAGAAUUUUAAGGAUACAAGACGUCUGUGGGUUUCCCUUCGAGCUUUGCGCUCGGACAUUCCAUACUUGCGCUCAUUUUACUUAUUUUUUUCGCGUAUACGUAAAUGAAAACAUCGACGAAAGCGAAAGCAAAACGUACAUGCGUAAGAAAAAGAAACGAAUGUCUUUGCGCGCUGCUCGAUGAAAAGAUAGAUACAUCCUCGUGGCAGAGCUAAUGAAGGACUGACUGUUGUCACCUAUUUUUUAUUCCGUCUAAUUUAUUAGAAGAAGAUUUAUUAGAACAUUGUGACAUGAAAUAAUAUAUUUAUUGCAAUCAUUUGAGUUAAGCUUUGCCUCGCAGAUGUAUAAUAGCGUCUAAACGUUAGCUACAAAAGUAUCGACAAGCAGAAGAAACACUGAAUAAAAAUAACAUUUUCUAUGUGGGUAAAAUUUUUGGAAUAUUUCAUUAUUUUUAAUUGUGCAAUAUACGAGUAUUAGGAAAAAAACCAUUUCCAUCGAAAAGAAAUCAAACAAUUAAACUUGAUAUUUCUUCAUAAAUGCUUUAUAUUAUCGAAAGAGAUAUAUCGUCAUACUACAAAGUUGUAUAAUGAUAUGUAAUAAUAGUUUUGAUUAAAUUACUUACGUAUACUAAAAUUAUCUAUAUAAU